AUGAGUUUGGCAUGUGGCAAUGAAGAGGAAGAAGAAAAAGGCGGACCCGAGGAUAUAAUCGUGAGUAACUGCGAGGACGGUGAUCCCACAGUGGAAACCGGGGAUGCAGGAAGAGCAGGUUUGGGAGUUGAGACAAUUAAGAGACAUGUUACGGAUGGUACAGGUGUUGAAUGGGGCUUGGUGUUUCCUGAUGCUAAUGGGGAAUACCAGUCUCCUAUUAACCUAAACUCAAGAGAAGCUAGAUAUGACCCCUCACUGCUGGAUGUCCGCCUCUCUCCAAAUUAUGUGGUCUGUCGAGACUGUGAAGUCACCAACGACGGACAUACCAUUCAGGUUAUCCUGAAAUCAAAAUCAGUUCUAUCGGGAGGACCAUUGCCUCAAGGACAUGAAUUUGAACUGUAUGAAGUUAGAUUUCAUUGGGGAAGAGAAAACCAGCGUGGUUCUGAGCACACGGUUAAUUUCAAAGCUUUUCCCAUGGAGCUCCAUUUGAUCCACUGGAACUCCACCCUGUUUGGCAGCAUUGACGAGGCUGUGGGGAAACCGCAAGGAAUCGCCAUCAUUGCUUUGUUUGUUCAGAUAGGAAAAGAACAUGUUGGCCUGAAGGCUGUGACUGAAAUCCUCCAGGAUAUUCAAUAUAAGAUAGAAGAAUUUCGAAGACUGAGGACACAUGUUAAGGGGGCAGAACUUGUGGAAGGCUGUGAUGGGAUUUUGGGAGACAAUUUUCGACCCACUCAGCCACUUAGUGACAGAGUCAUUAGAGCUGCAUUUCAGUAGCCAAAGAGAACAGGAACAAGUCGAUCUUCAUCAGGGAGGAAGACAAUGGUCCUAUAGUGCCCUUGGAUGAAAAAUGGAGACUUUGGAGCUGCAGCUUCAGUUUAUCCUCAAAGCCUGCGUUGUCUGUCUUCAUCUGACCCAGCUCUGAUGGACAUCUGUGACAGUUCCCUGUACACAUGCUGUAAUGAAAUAUUAGAAAUGGCUGUGCAUUCAAAAGAAACCCCAAAUUAUAUAUCCACAUCACUGCUGCUAGUGUUCAUAUUUUUGCACAUACUGUUUAUUGCUUAUGUGUAGAAGGAAUGAAACUAAUUUUCAGAGUUGUUAUUAAUAUGAAUAUAUAUCAUGUAUUAAUAUCGAGACAAGAAAAAUACAUUCCCACUGUAAGUGGUUCUUCAU